AUGAAGGAGAAGUUGUACGAUGAGGAUUUCUACUAUGAGAUCGCGAGGUUUGUCACCAAACACCGCCUAGGUGGCAGCCCGAUGACGUUCUUUCCGCCGAAGAAAGGAGGCUUCAACUUCUACUACCGCAUUCAGUAUUCCGACGGCAAGUCCGUCAUUAUACGCUUUCCCCUGCCAGGCUAUCACCGGAUUGCCGAGGAAAAGAUCCAUGCCGAGGUGGCCGCCAUUCGCUACAUCGCCGAACACACAACUAUCCCAGUCCCCUUCAUCCUCCACUACGGCAUGACAGAGGAGAGCCCAGGAAAGAUUGGCCCUUUCAUCAUCAUGGAGUACAUCGAGAACUCGGGCGACCUCAUCGACGUGAUGGCGGCGCCAGGGCUUGAGCGGGUGGUGCUCGACCCAGAUAUUGACGAGGACAAGCUCGAGUUCGUCUACAGCCAAAUGGCCGACAUUCUCCUCCAGCUGUCGCAGUGCGACUUCUCCCGCAUUGGAUGUCUCGGCAAGGUGGACCCCAACUGGGAGUAUGGCGAUGACGACGACGGCGGAUUCGACGUCACCUGCCGCCCGUUAUCCUUCAACAUCGCCCAGCUCGGCGAAGUCGGGGGCAUCCCUCAUUUUGCUCUGCCUCCCACUUCCAAAACGUACUCCACCGCGUCCGAGUAUUUCUCUGCGCUGGCCGACAUGCACUUGCAGCAACUAUCCUUCCAGCGCAAUCAGGCGGUGACGUCGGCAGACGACUGCCGCAAAAAGUACAUUGCGAGGCAACUCUUCCGCACCCUCGCCUCCUCGCAGCGCCUCGCCUCUCCCAAAACCAAUCACGGGCCCUUCAAGCUGUGGUGCGACGACCUGCGCCCCGCCAACGUGCUCGUCGACGCCAACCACCGCAUCGUCGGCGUCAUCGACUGGGAAUUCACCUACGCCGCCCCGGCCGAGUUCACCUACGCGCCGCCGUGGUGGCUGCUCUUGACCAUGCCCGAGGAGUGGCCCGAGGGGCUCGACGACUGGGUGGAGCACUACGAGCCCCGUCUCGAGACGUUCUUGCGGGCGCUGCGCGCCAAGGAGCGCGAGUUUGUGGAGCAGGGCCUGCUUAAGGAGGGUUAUCUGGACAAGCCGCUGUCGGCGCGGAUGCGGCAGAGCUGGGAGACGGGAGACUUUUGGCUGGCGUACGCGGCAAGGAAGACGUGGGCUUUCGAUGGGAUCUUCUGGAGGAGCAUUGACGAGCGAUUCUUCGGGAAGAGUGAGGCUGGGUUCAUGGAGAGGUUGAAGUUGCUGCCGCCUGAGCAAGCGGCUGGGGUGGAGGCUUUGGUGGAGAGGAAGAUGCGAGAAAAGGAGGAGUGUACGCUUGUGGAUUGGUACGAGGAAGGCCCCGAGUCGGCCCUGUUGCCGCCGGAUAUUCUUGGACCAGAGCCGGAAAGGGGCGCGGACACGAGGGGAAAGCCGGCAGCAACAGCGGCCGAUGCCCUCGGAGACGCGGUUCAAGGUCUGACAUUGGAAGACGAGGCGAGGUCCCCGUGA